AUGAGCGCGGAAGGUGUUUCGUCACCUACAUCAAAAGAUGAUGUUUCAAAGGAUGAUCCGCACGAAUCGGACAAAAAAUGUGCCGAUACAGCUGAAAAUCAAACCGAGAGUGAAGGAAAUGACUACAACAGUAAUCACUCAGGGAGAAAUCAGCUCUCUCCGCCUCAGCAACCCACAGCGUCUGCGACAAGUAAUAACUCUGCCUCCACUUCGACUAAAAAUUCGACGAUUGCUGAUGACACAAUGCCCGCACCUCAGUCUAAUCCGCCGAUACCAAACCGAUCUCCGGCGGUUGGUAAAAGAAAUCUAUCACCAGGUGCUGCGAGAGCACCUACUCCUGUGCCGCCAGCUCGUACGAAAAAGAAGAAGGUUACUGAUCUUCGUUGUUCGGAAGUGCGGUGGUUUUAUCGACGGUCUGAAGAUAAGUGGUUGCAUUUUAAUGGAAGGGAUUCACUAAUCUUAGAGGCGAAAUAUAGGUCUGUCUUUUCUAUCCCAAUCGACGAUCAGAUGACUGUGGAACUCCUGGAACACAAUAUGUCUGUUGCACAUUCUGUCGUCGUGCUGGACGGUCUUUAUAAGGUAAACGAUGAUCUGACAAAGGUCGAGUCUAUAUACUGGAAAGCAGAUGCUUGCGAGAUACGUAGAGGGUCAUGGUUCAACCAGGACUGGCAACCAUUGGAACCUCCCAUAGCCGAUGCUAUCGAAGCUCAUCAUCUUCAGUGUUUCCGAGGGCAGACAAUCCCUGAGGGUACAACUGUUUUUUCCUCAAAAGAGGCUAGCAACAAACCACAACUCACUGAACUGCAGUUGGAUGGUAUGGAGAUUCGGUGGAGCUCAGUGAUAGACGUUUCCCUGUCCUUUAAAAGAGGCGCCAUACUAAGAUACAUAGGAUGGGGCAAGAGCCAAGCUUUACGACGUGGAUAUCAACAGGAAGCAGAAUGGGAUGAUGCACCAGCGGAAGUGGGACACCUAGUUCUUGUUGUACAUGGAAUUGGUCAAAAAGGAUAUGAAAAUCUGAUUGCAGAGAAUGCUCAACAAUUGCGCGAAGCUGUUGUAGGCGCUAUGGAACGUUGCUUCCCUGAAGAGAAAACUCGUCCUCUGUUUCUGCCAGUGGAGUGGAGAUCAUCUCUCGUUCUUGAUGAUGGUGUCACUGAUCUUGUAACUCUUCCAAAAAUGAGUACAAUGCGAAAUGCUCUGAACAGCACUGCUAUGGAUCUCAUGUUCUAUCAUAGUCCCUUGUAUCGUACGGAGAUCGUCGGUGGUGUGGUCAAGCAACUAAACCGGAUAUAUUCACUUUUUAUUGAGAAUAAUCCCAAUUUCACUGGUCCAGUGUCAAUCUUUGCGCAUUCGCUUGGAUCUGUCAUAUCUUACGACAUAUUACUUCAUUGGUCUCCUCUUGUGCUUUAUGACAAAUAUGUUACUCAGGCAAUGGAUCUUCAUAUGAAAGAAUGCACUGACCCUUCUAGUCUUGAGGUCAUGAAGGCUUUUCAGCAGGCUAGGGAUAAAUUGUAUGAGAAAAUCGAGGGAGGAAUCAAUAAAAUGUUGCGAAACAAGGAUGAAGAACUUCAGUUUAAUGUAAAAUAUUUAUUCGCGGUUGGUAGCCCACUUGCUGUUUUUCUUGUUAUGCGCGGUGCGACCCACGCUGAUCUUCUUCCGACGAAGAUGAAUAUCGAACGCAUUUUCAACAUUUUUCAUCCUUAUGACCCCGUUGCAUAUCGACUGGAACCGUUGUUCAUACCGGAGUAUCGACACAUUCGACCAGUAAAGCUCUUCUCUAGCAGCGACUUACGAGCUCGAAAUCCAUAUGAAGACAUACCACUGGAGGUGUACAAGAGUUAUUUGAAGAAGUUGAAGAACGAGUCUAAGAAGAAGAACAAAGCGGCGGACGCGAAAAGUGGUGGAGAUGAUGAGGAAGAAGAGGAUGAAUGCGAUUCUGAUUUUGACGCCAAAAGCGGAUCUCAAGUCGGAGUACCAGAUGGUUCGUCUCCAAGAAGUCUCACACCCCCUCCAACAAGCGUAGAUGCUGCUUCUGUGGAAAAGCCCGCUAAGAAGGGAUGGUUCUCCUUCACUUCCUCUGCACCUAAGAAGAACACAACUGAAAAAGUGGCUACUACCAGUGCCGAGGCACCUGUGGAGCUGGCCAAGGAAGCUGAGAUGGAAUUACCUUUACCUGAACGAUUGCUUGGCAGCGGAACUAGGCCUCCGCAUCGCUUGGACUUCCAGCUACAGCCGGCACUGACUGACAAAAGUUAUUGGUCUGUGCUGAAGAGCCACUUCAGUUAUUGGACAAAUGCUGAUCUGGCUUUGUUUUUGGCAAAUGUUCUUUUUGCCAAACCUGCCAAUAGUGAUCAAGUGAAUGGCUUCGAGGCUCCAGAAGCUACUUCUUAAGAGCAGUCUUCAUCUAAAUAGUCGCAUUUAUGCAUUUUUCUUAACAACUCUUUUUUGGACCCCAUACGUGAAACGGUUUUCUCGCACUUUAUUUGUAAAAGACCUUCAUAAUUUUGCAAUGGUUUGCCAAAUGAUGCUUUACUUGCGGUCUGUUCCGCUCUUUCACAAUCCGUGUACCCUGGGUUUCUUUUUAUUUAGCUUUCAUUCCAUUAUUACAUUGUCUUCUUAUGUGACUCCUCUAUCUUCGCAGCUAUCCGUUCACUUCAUGUAUGUCGAAUGUUUGAAUUUGCUAGCUGUUUUCUUCCAAUCGUUGCUUAUAUCUGAGUUAGUUCGUUCCUUCCUUCUUAGUUAACUCUGUCUGUACUUCGAGCUUUGUUUUUCAUGCUGUUAUCGCGAUAGACGGUAGUCUUGCAAAAAAUGUCAUAGUUUACUAGAUACUUGUGAAGGUAUUCUCUUGCACUUAAAUUCGAUGUGAUCAUUAUGGUAGUGUGAUAUAUAAUUAAGAAUUCUAAAGCAUUCAAUUCAAAGUUCCUUCUCGUCCACUUCAUUUUUCUUUACCUGCAUUACUGCUUCAAUGUUUCUAAUGACAUACCCAGAAGCUAUCUCGAGUCUGUAUACGGUAAAAGAUUCCCGCACUUCGUAGUCAGAGUAUUAGUUUACCAGUCAUAUUAGAGUCUGAAUAAUUAGUCUUUGUUUAGUCCCACAUCUCGGUGAGUAGAUUUGAAUCAUGCAUAUAUACAUGUCCACAUUUCCAAUAAAUGAAAG